AUGAAAUCCGCCCUCAGGCUGGCCACCUUGAGUUAUGCGAUCACCAAUGUUGAUGCUAGCUUACUAUUUCCCUCUGGUCGUAAUGCGGGGAAUUGGGGUCCGGCUAAAGACGUUGUUGCCGCCUCUCCAAUAGAUCCUGUAGGAUGGGCACCGAAACCGACUGCGCCGCCGGCGGCCGAGCCGUUCGAUUUUGAGCUGAGGAGGAGGCAGGAUGAGACUACCACCACAAUUAUUGCUAGUGUUGCUACGUGCGGGUGGCCGGCCGAUAAUAUUAGCGCGCCGGCGAUUACGUGCGGUGGGGGAGGUUACUGUUACGAGGCACCGGCAUCUUUCGCAGCAGGAUGUUGUACCGAGACCAAUCGUCGUAAUUGCAGAAUACCGACGACAUGCUUGGAAUCAACAAGAUUAGGAUCUUCUUUAACUGAUACUGCUAGGACGCUACUCUGUGAUGAACCAGCACAACCCCAUUGUGUGACUUAUUUAUACAACGCCAAUUUCUUCGAAAAUUUCAAUGGAGUUAGUUUUCUAGCAUGCGGUAAGGAAGCAGGGUCUAGUAUAAUCGCAACCAGUGCGCCGCCGAACUGGGUACCACCGAGCGAUAUCACAACCGCUUCUCAAUCUACGUCCGAUCGAUCUCGAACGGGUACCGAUCCUACCAAUGUUGUAACUGUCACCGUUUCCCCGAGCUCCAGUCCAUCAUCUCCAGACGCAGUAGUCACACAUCAGAGUAGUAACGGGUCGAGUAGAACCGGAGCUAUUGCUGGCGGAGUUGUUGGCGGGGUUGCUGUACUCUCGCUGAUAGCUGCUGCUAUCUUCUUCUGUCUACGCCGACGCCAGCGUAAGAAGAAUGAGGCGGAAGGCAAGGAGAUAGAAGGCUCGCCUCCGUUUCGACCACGAGAUUUCCCACGUAAUAGUGUAUAUGGUGGAGGAUUACCCGAACCUCAAUACCAAUCAGACUUCUACGGGGAAUUACCGCCGCAGAUGGCACAAGCAUCGACCCAACACGUUGUAGGCUACCCGCCACCUACUCACUUUGAACCAGUUGCCAUGCCUAGGGAUAAUAGGGACCAUAGGAAUCAUAGAGAUCAUAGGGACCAAAGGCAUUCUCAAGUGCAGGCAAUUCCGUCUACCUUUGUCCCGGGGCCACGCAAGCCGAGCGAAGAUGAUAUAGUAUCGCCCAUUACUCCUGGUGACCAAUUGAACCCUGCCGACGACCCAGCAACGUACACAUGGAUCUCAAACCCGACACCACCUCCACAAUCAGACUACUCUCAGUUCAGCCCACCUCCACCAGCACAUUUUCAAUCGUACCGACCAUAUCCCGGAACAUAA